UCCCUCAGGGAUGGAUUCAGUUUCAGUUUCAAUUGCAAAAAUACCUCUCCCUAUAGAGCUAAAUAGCGUAUGUUGGCUAAGCCGAGUAUCCAAAAAUUUCAGGCCAAAACAACCGAACAAAAAAGCUCCAUAGUUAGGCAGCUGUACUGUACAUACACCCCCAUUUAGACUCGUUAGACUCAUUAGACUACUUGACGGUGCAGGAAUGGACACUCCCCUACAGACAAAAGUCAAGGAGAGUAAUUCGCGCAGUUGAUCCGCAUCAAAAAAAAAUCAAAAAGAAAACUCAGUUAUAGAGCACAACAGAAUGAAUAAUUCCCGCAUUCUUCGCGAUGUCCCAUUGGAAAAAUUGAAUUUGGGGGAACAGGGAAAAGGGAAAGAAUCGUUUGACAGCUCAUGCUUUCUCCUAGUAGGUAGUGUUUUUGCGCGCGGGAAAAAAAGCCCCGGCGGCGAACCAACCAACACCUCCAACCCAGAAGAACACCAAAUUUGCAAGCAGUGCUCCGCUGAAUUCAAACCUAUUCUCUUGCAUUUUCCACGUCCAUUUCCAUCUCUCCCCUUGCGUCUCGCUGGGGAAGGUGUAAAUGUCCGGGGAAGAAGAGGAAUGAUGGGCGGGAACAACGGGGGAAAAUCCCUCAUACUACUCCAUGAGUUCUCUACGGAACUUUCGUGGAAAUACGAAGUACUCCGUACAAUGCGAGGUAUCCGAUCAGCCUGCUGGGUUCCUGGCCUGACUCCGUACUCCGUACAGCCAGCCUACAGCCAGCCUACAGCCAGCCCCGUUCUUUGGUCUUGCCGCCUUUCCAAGGGGCGGAACCUCCGACUCAGGGUCUUCUUCAAUCCUUCCCAGAAGUUGGGGAGCCCCCGUUCGGUUACGGCCGGUUUUUCGGGCUUUUUACUGGAUUGUUUCUAACACUUGUGGCGCGUGCCUGGAUUCGAUGGGUAUAUGCCAGCUUACAUAGGAUGUAGGUAUUAACUUAUAAAGUAUGUAGUAC